UGACUGGUUAGGCAGAGAGCGAGAUGGAAUCGGCGGGGGAGUGGCUGGAGAAGGCGCUGGUGGAGUUGUGUUCGAAGAUUGAAACAGGUUUGGGUUUAGGUUUGGAUGAAGAGAUCAUAAAAGGCCUUGUUUCUUAUUGCGACCUUGCUGAACCACGAGAUGCUAAAGAGUAUCUUGACAAUAUAAUUGGUGAGGAAGCAGGGAAAACUGUGAUUGAAGAAUAUUUACGACGGAGAGGUUACUCAGAAUUCAGCCCCAACUCAGAUAUUCCAACGACAAAAUUACAUGCAUAUGUCAAACCUCCUUCAGUUGACACAUCUGCAAGUGUGAAUAAGAAAUCGUUGAGAGCACCGAAAGCAGUGACAGUUCGCAAUUCUCACGCAGAACCCAACAAGAAUGCGGUUAGCAGUAAUCAGGAAAAUCAGAUUAGUGAAUCAAGAACAUCACAAAAAGGAAACCAAGUGAAUUCCAAGAAGAAGAAACCUGGGAAAACAAUUUCACUUGCUGAGGCAGCCAAAGGGUCAAUUGUCUUUCAGCAGGGAAGACCGUGCUCUUGUCAAGCACGUAGUCACAGGCUAAUCAGCAAUUGCUUAUCUUGUGGCAAAAUAGUUUGUGAACAAGAAGGAGAAGGACCUUGUAAUUUUUGUGGUGCACUUGUGUUGAAAGAAGGAAGCUCAUAUGCUGGUUUGGAAGAAAGUUUGCCACCCUUGUCAGAUGCCGAGGCUGCUGCUGAAGCUUAUGCAAAGAGGCUUGUCGAAUAUGACCGGAAUUCUGCAGCUCGUACAACUGUUAUUGAUGACCAGAGCGACUACUAUGAGAUUGAUGGAAACAGUUGGUUGUCAAAGGAGGAAAAGGAACUGUUGAAGAAGAAACAAGAGGAGAUGGAAGAAGCUGAGCGAGCCAAACGGAAUAAAGUUGUUGUGACUUUUGAUCUUGUUGGCCGCAAGGUCCUUCUGAAUGAAGAUGAAGUUUCAGAAUUACAGUCUGACAAUAGAAUACUACGUCCACCAGAUGAAAGGGAAGUGAACCGUAUUAAGCCAAACCCAACUCUUAGGAUUCAGCCAGUUUUUGUUGACCUGGGCUUCAGAAAGAAGUCUGCUAAAGAUAGGCAAUCAAACAAUGACCUAAGCAAUGGCUUGUGCUUGGAGAUUACUGGGAGGGUGCAGCAUGAUAGCAAUGACUUGAAGUAUCAUAUGAUGGAAAGCCAAUUCGCAACAGCUUCAAAUGAAAAUUUUUAGCAGGUUUCUUCAAGAAAUGGAGAACUGCAUGUUGACGAUGAUGGUUAAUGUUUACUAAUCAAUGAUAAUGAGUAAAGUGUGUUAUCUAGCUUUUACCGAUUAUUGGUACUGUUGAGAUAUAUAAUUUUUUUGUUAGAGAAUAGUAUAAAUAUAAACCAUUAAAAGCCCUCACCUACCAGCUUAAGCUUUUGGGUUGAAUUGGUUAUUUACAUGGUAUUAGAACC